AUGUUUAUAGUUGUCGAUAUUCCAGAGAACAAAAGGAAUAAACGAUUUUAUGAUCUUUAUAAAGAUCCCAUCUUUUUAUUGGCACCAUUCUUAGAUGGUCGUUUUCGUUUACAAUGGAUAUCAACUUCAACUGUAGCAGAAGAGGUACAAGAAGAACUGUCUAACAAAAUACAACAACUUGUCUUAGAACAAUGUUUUGUACUUGAUCAUGUUAAUGAACAGCCUGUAAUAUCAAAUAAUGAUAAUUCCAUGUUGAUUCCACCAGGACAAACACAAACAUUAAUGACUAGUACUCCAUCAAGUCCUGGUACUCCAAAACGAAAACGUUUAUUUACAAAUAUGGUCAACAAGGAUGUUAAAAAAGCAAAAUCUGAUCCAUUCGGUUAUAUCAAAGAUGAAAUAUGUAAAUAUUUAAAUGAAGAUGAUAUGGGUGCUAUGUUUCUUAUAAAAUCUUCAAAGAAUUAUCCAUCAUUAUCAAAAUUAGCUCUUAAAGUCCUGUCGACUCCUGCAACAUCAGCACCCGUUGAGAGGGUCUUUAGUCAGAGUGGCUUUUUAUUUCGGCAACAUCGAGCGUCGAUGACGAGAACAACUUUACAACAGUUGACAAUGCUGAAAUGUAAUCGUGAUCUUCUUUAA